AUGACGAACUUUACUUAUGAGUUCACUGAACGGUGCAAUAGUCUACUCCGCCGGGCCCCACGAGACUAUGACGGCGACAAGCAACGGCAGCAGCCGGGCACGGAUGCACCUGCGGAGGCUGCGCCUGCAUCUACAACUGCAAGUGCAUUGAUACAUGACGGGACGUUCGGAAUGAGCGUUAUCAUCAUUGCCACGCAAGUAGGAGGAGGGAUGCAUCUUCACCGGGUUACCAAAUCCGGCCACUAUCGCAGCGCACGCUACGACAUCGGGGAAGCAACGGACCCAGCCAGCUCACCAACAAAUGAUACAAGUAGUAGCCACGUUAAAUCCGCCCUGCGCAUGGUCUGCUCUUCAUCCGUGUCUAUUCGCAUGGCGAACUCGGCGGUUUCUUCCCGCGGCCGAAGAGCGCUCGUCGUCGAGGACAAUGCCAUCAUGCGGCUGGUGGUGCGUAAGCUGAUGAAGGAGCAAGGGAUAGUAUUGGAGGAGGCGGAGAACGGGAAGGUGGCGGUGGAAUCGGUCAAGGAAGGCAAGUCCUACGACCUCAUCCUCAUGGACAGGGAAAUGUCGGUCAUGGAUGGCCAUGAGGCCACAAAGCAGCUACGACUACUGGGAGUGAAAACCCCCAUCGUGGCUCUCUCGUCGGACAGCCAGCAGUGCGAUAGGGACUUGUUUCUUAGAGCCGGCGCCGACGAAUUCGUUGAGAAGCCCCUGACAAAGGAUAAAUUGGCUGGGAUCCUUUCCAAGUACGGUCUUCAAUGA